UAUUUUCCCAUUAGUUGAACAUAGCUCAUCAAACUUUAAAGCCAGAACUCCUAAAGCUUAGUUUUCCAAAAUGUUUUCUGCUAAAACAUUCCUUUUUCUGACAUUUGUAUUGACAAUUAUAGUUGCCAUUAACUCCACUUGCCCUGAGUCCUGUGAUGAUCCCGAGGAUCCAGUUUGCAUCACUAUGAUUGAUGGCACCAAAAAACAAUUCAAAAACGCUUGUGAAUUUGUGGUCGAAACUUGCACAAAGAACAUUUUUGAAGUCCUCGAUGCCGAAGAAGGACCUUGUCCUGAAAUCUAAACCAAGUAUUAUAGACAAAUUGCAGUGGAAUAAAGGGCAAUUUUCAAUGUCUCAUUAUGUAAGAUGCAGCUAAUAAACGUGUCAUAAUAGAAACAAAAAACUGUGCACUAAGUCUAAGCUAAAAUUUUCUUCUCAAGUAAAAGCGUGCUAAGUUUGGCCGGGUCGAAUCUUGGAAACCCACCACCAUGGAUUCUGCUAAAAAUGUAUAAAAAAAUAAAUUCAGUUGAAGGGCAUAA